AUCACAACCAAUCUGGCGUACUGUCACAGGAGUGAAGCCCUAGGGGGCAUCAAAAUCUAGGCUCUUUGACCUUCAAUGACCACGCUGCCUUGCGUUACUGCGUACCCCAUCACUCAAAGGCUCCAGCUGCAUCUGUUUGAGCGAUGCGAUUUGUCGCCGAAGGAUGAACGAAGACAUGGAUACAAAUGUAGUAGACGCUAUACCGGCCGCAAGCCUGCCCAUCGUUUGUGGAAGUGCGGCAAACAAUGAGUCACGAUCCUCCGGCACAGCGCCCAGCACCUCCAUACGCGCGAAUUGGGGCAUGACGAAAGAAAUUCGUCCGACGGUCAUGUUCCCGAACCUGAACAGUGGCACACCGUGGUCGUCGCAACACGACACGAACGUAGACGUCGACACGCAAGACACUCCUUCGAUGCACAUAUCGGAUGCACACGCUUCAGCUACGCGGCAAGCUCACAACGCGUCCUUACCGAUAGCACGACUCCCCGCGGACCUCGUGUCCGAAAUAUUCACAUACCUCGUGCACUCCUACACGCCUUCAGCUUCAUCCUCAACGCUCACCCAACCCACUUGCUCCACUCUUCAUCUAGCGGUCGCGCAGGUCUGCGCAUUCUGGCGCGCCGUAGCGCUCCGCACCACCCGGCUCUGGUCUGCGCUCGACUUGCGUCGACCAGCGCUUGCCCUCACCCUGCUGGAGCGCUUCCCCCACCUCCGGCCAUCACUGGUAUGGGCUUACGACCGCCCAUUAUUAUCGAAACCAAAGGACUUCGCCGACGUCGCGCUCUGGAGCUGGAUAUUCGCCAACGCGCCGUCCCGCGUGGUCGAACUGCACCUCUCCGCGUACGCCUCCGUCAUGCGUCGGGUGCUCGGAGCAUUCAAAGGCCAAGCCCCGACGCUGCGCCACCUCUCCCUCCGUCGGCCGUGGAACUCGAGCAUCGCCGAGAUCGAGGACACGGAGGAGUACCUGCACGAUCUCUACGCGCCGGCGCUCGAACACCUCGAACUCGUCAAGAUGCCGUUCGUCCCGUGGGGUUGUGCGCUGUUCCGCUCUGCCAGCCGGUGCCUGCGCCGGCUCGUGAUCAAGGGCGAAUAUCGGCCGAAGGCGACCACCCUCACGGCCGUCCUCGACGCGUUAGAGGGCAUGCCGGCGCUGCGGGAGCUCGUAUGGGUCGGGCGCUUGCCGGAGGCGCCGCUGCUCGCCGCUGGCGGUAGGAGACGUAAGAUGGCGAGGCGAGUGGUACAAAUGCCGCGCCUCAGGCGACUCGAGUUCGGCGGGACCUCGGCCGGGUGUUUGACGCUCCUCCGUCACCUGGCGCUCGUGAAGCCGCUCAGGGCGAAGAUCAGGUGCGACGGCGACGAGUCGUUCGUGCAGAUCUGGGAGAUCAUGCGGACUGUGUGCCUCCCCUCCUCCGUGCCCGAGUCCUUUUCUUCUGGCGAGAGUGCUGUGGCGGAGGGGAGAUCGCUGCGGAUCGCGUACCUAGGGAACGAGGUGGAGGUCGUCGUCUCCGCGUGGCGGACGGAGCCGCUGACGCUCGCGUUUCGGACGGGCGGCGUCCGGUGCAGGUUGCAUAUCGUCAGAACGCUCGCGCCGUGGUUGGCGCUCGUGCGUCCGACGCGACUCGAGCUCGAGAUGGGGUUCGGGGAGCAUUAUGCAGAUCCGUUGGGUGAGUGGAGGGAGAUGUUGGCUGGUUUUGGGUCGGUGAGGGAGCUGCACCUGAAGAGGACGAGUGGGGCAACGUUCAUUCUGCGCGCGAUGCGGUAUGGACGCCCUGGCGUGGUGGGAAGGGAGAGAGAGGGUCACAGAGGCGAGGAUGAGGAAUUGUUGCCAAAGCUGGAGAGGAUGAUUAUCGAAGGCGUGCCGAAUACGGUGGACGGACCUUGGCUUGGCGCAUGCUGCAAGGAGCUGGAGCGCAGAAAGAAGGAUGGAAGGUCGAAGCUGAGGGAAGUGAAGCUCGUCAGGUGUGACGGUAUCACGGCGGAAGAGCUGAAGGCUCUGCGGGGCGUCAACGAUGGAGUCGGUGUUUCGGAACUUGGUUGCUUCGAUGCUCAAGUCGGCCAGCAGACUCCCCGAGCCGACGCUCUCCGAUCCUGA